ACAUGGCGGAACCGUGUGGACCACGGGACGCUCACUGGGUCAAGAUUUCUUUUAGGUCGUUAUUUUAGACACUAAGCAGAUAGAGUGGAAACAGGGCGUGCGUUGAUGUGACUUAACUCUCCGGUCAUCCUCUAAUUUGAGGCUCAACAGUUUCCUAUCUGACGUUAGGUGAUUUCACUGAACCGACUCCACGGAGAGCUCGCGAGUGGGCUGGAAGCUUCCACGAGCCGGAAGAACACAACCCGCGAGGAGGGGAUGGAGAUAGACUGCCAGCCCGAGGAAUCCAUCGUCUCUUCAUUUGAUGAGGACUGUGUUGUGCUCGGUGAUGUCAAGGACAUGAGGUUAGAAGCAGAAGCAGUGGUCAAUGACGUACUCUUCGCCGUCGCUGAAAUGCACGUGUCAUCAAGUCUCAGCAGCGCCUCAGAUGUGGCGUACAUCAACGUGGAAACAAGGGAGGGAAACCGGUAUUGUCUGGAGCUCACAGAGGCCGGACUGAGGGUGGUGGGCUACGCCUUCGAUCAAGUGGACGAGGAUUUGAGCACCCAGUAUCACGAGACUGUUUACUCGCUUCUGGACACGCUGAGUCCAGGUUACAGAGAAGCCUUUGGGAAUGCUUUGCUCCAGCGGCUGGAGAGGCUGAAGCAAAACGGACAGUAAAAAGGACCAAGAUGCUGCAUUACAAGUGGAAUGGAGGUCGAUGAUGUGGCUGUAUUUGAAUAUGAGCCAACAAAACCAAGUCUGGUCAAAUAUUAUAACCUAUUAUGUGAUGUCCACCUGCCAAGCUUCCACUACAAUAAGGGGCACCCUGCCCUAUCAACUCUGCUUUGUUCCGACUCUCAUAUCAUCGAAUGACUUCAUGUUAUAACUGUAGUGACUGCUUGGGAUUGGCUGUACGGGGCGUGUUGCAACAUUGCGUUGUUGACUUUACUGUGGAAAGAUCUCUCAGCUUCCACUUGAUACAAAUUUGUGACUGUGCACAUCGUUUGAGACCUCUGCACCUUUUUGUACCGAUCAAAAUGAUCUAAGAGGCAGCGAGAUAUAGAAUUAUUGAUCCAGUUCGCCCUCUUUGCCCUGCUUGCACUAAAGCUGUGACCUGAUAUCUGCUCAAAUAUACCCAACAAGCUCUUAUUCAGCAGGUGUCUAAGUGAAAGAGCCAAAGUUUUAUUCUUUCAACUCAUAUAUACUGCCUUAAUGACUGACUUUUGGUUAAAAAAGUACAAAUAACUCAUUGACUUAUGUUUUACUUAUUUUGUAUUACAAGAGACAAAAGGUAUUUUGUGGGGCAGACAUUUCAGGUAGUUAAUGAGGUCAGAAACAACUGAAAAGCUGUUGAAAUUUGUAAAGCUGUCAAGUUAGCUGUGUUUUUGGAUAUUACUUUUUUUUCCUCCAUGCUAUAUUGCGACUCAAGCUUGCAUUUCGAGCUUUUGCUGUAAGGUAAAGAAGCUGUCAGUGGAGGUAUAAUGUAUAUUUUUUGUUGUGAUAUUCAAUAUUGUAGGUCUAUUUUGUUAGAAUGUAUAGCUUUUGUUUAGAUUUAACGACGACCUCUGGGGCUUCUUUAAAAGCUUGGUUUAUUGUACAUGUGACCUGGUUAUGAUCCAGCUUCAGUGUUAUGAAAUCUAUUUUAAGAGAAUGUUUUCAUUUGCAUUCAUAUUGUCAUUCCUUGCUGCUGGCCUUUGCUCAGACCAAUAAAUUCUCAGAAUUGCA